GUCGUGGAAGAACACAGGCCGCAAUCACCACGACCACCCCCCUCCGUUCGUCUCCUUCCUUAUACAAAACCCUCCAAUCCCCUUCUCCAAGCAAAAAACUCCCUUCACUGAAAACACCCCCAGAAUCUUAUAUAAAUCUCCUUCAUCUUCUCGAUCCCUGCAUCGCGUCCAUUCAAACUCUCGCUAAGAUUCCCAGGAUGGGCUCGGUUCUCGGCAGGAUCUCCGUCGAGACCCCGAAAUACCAGGUCCUCAGCUCCUCCGCCGAGUACGAGAUCCGCCACUACGCCCCCGCCGUCGUCGCCGAGGUCACCUACACCCCCUCCCAGCUCGACGGCAGCCGCGACGGGGGCUUCAGAGUCCUCGCCGACUACAUCGGCGCCCUGGGGAACCCCAAGAACGCCAAGCCCGAGAAGAUCGCCAUGACCGCCCCGGUGAUCACCAAGAGCGAGAAGAUCGCCAUGACGGCCCCGGUGAUCACCCAGGGGCCGCCCGGGGGCGGCGGCGGCGGCGGGGAGGAGGAGGAGGCGGUGACGAUGCGGUUCGUGCUGCCGGCGAAGUACGGGAGCGCGGAGGAGGCGCCGAAGCCGCUGGACGAGAGGGUGGUGGUGAGGGAGGAGGAGGGGAGGAAGUACGGGGUGGUGAGGUUCGGCGGGGUGGCGACGGAGGGGGUGGCGACGGAGAAGGCGGAGAGGCUGAGGGAGUGGCUGGAGAGGGACGGGCAUAAGGUGGCGGGGGAGUUCGUGCUGGCCAGGUACAAUCCGCCGUGGACGGUGCCUCCGUUGAGGACCAACGAGGUCAUGAUUCCGAUCGAGUGAGGAGGAUGGAGUAGGGGUGUGGAAUUUCUGGUGCUCUGUAUUUUCUCUUAUGUUUUCUCUUUUUUUUUCGUUAUUUUUCUUGUUCAUUUUCUUAUGCAAGUACAGAAUGUCGAAAAUUGUCUUUGGACUUGAUUGGCAUUUAACUUAUGCUUAGUGAUAUCAUAUCUUAAGAUCUCUUCACA